UUUCGAUAUCUUUUAUUAUUAUUCUCUAAAUAAAAACUAUAGAUUUAGAACGCCCAUAAAGUCGUUAUAACAAUGUAUAUGGAGGUGUUACUCGGAAUCUAAUAAAUGGGUUAAUUAUAUACAUCACCCUGGCGGCAGAAAAUUACCCUAAGAAGAUGCUGGAUGGCUGGUACUGUCGCUCUAUAGCGAAUAUGCAAGCAAAUGAAGCAGCAAGUGUAAGUAACAAUACACCAACAGAAACUGCUCAUACACAGGAGUCCCUGAAUUAUUCAAGUGAGAGCAGUAGUGAGACAGACCCUGAACCUAACUAUAGAGCUCAGUAUAUUGCUUUGAAGAAAAAAUUGAAAUACCUUAUCUAUGAAAAUGAGUGUUUUCAAGAUGCUCUUAGAUGUGGUCAAAAAAGAUUGUUAAAGGUAUCCAGAGAUCGCAGUUUCUUGCUAGAUAGGCUACUGCAGUAUGAAAAGCAUGAGAGUACCACAUCAGAGAGUGAUGAUACAGAGUCAUCUGAUGAUACAGAUUACAAUCGACAUGAUAACAUGAAAAGAAAAAAAAAUCCAGAUGGAAGUAUUGCACAUAUUUCUACGCCGUCUGCGCUUGCAAAAGGACCCAAUGCUACAAAGAGAAAAAGAGCUGUAGUACCUAAAAAAGGCCAUAACGCUAGUCAUCUCCACCCUACAAGUGGGGCCAUGUUGUCUAAAGUAUCUCCUGCUCUAAGUUUCGGCGUAGCGGCUAGCGACGGACAUAUGACGCCUGAAGAAGUAGAACGUCACUUACAAUCUCGGCAAUCUUAUUUAGAACUCUUACCUGAACGAGCGCCGCCCACUGUGCCCACAGAAAUGUUUAGUAAUGAUCCUUCACUUGAUAGUGAAUCAAAUGAUGUGUUAGAAAAUUCUCCAAAUGUUGAAGAAUGGUUUGAUUAGAUACAGUUGUGUGGCUUGAACAGCACAUUUGAUAGAACAUUUUGUGAAAAAUAUAUUUUUUUAACUAAAGCUGAAUAAAUGAAAGUACUAGUAUUUAAUUACUGAUUAUUAAGUGUGUAUUACAAAGUGAUUUAAAGAUUCUAAACUUAUAUUAUAUGUAUUAAAGCACAAACAGAAUGUUAAUUAUUAAAAACAUGAAAAUAGAGAAUAUUACGGGAUACCAGAUGUUUACCAUCUGAGAUAUUCGUAAUAUUCUGUUUCAACUACUUAAAAGCAGAAUAAUUUUAUCUGCUCAAAUUUUAUUGACUGAAUAAACUAUUAUAUAUUCAUUGUGAUCAUUAAUAUCAAGCUUUGUUGCCCAUUUUUAUGUAGUUAUG